AUCCCGUACAGAAAUAACCUGUACGUUUCGUACGGGAAGCCCCCGUACGUGUACUCUAUGCAACGUAGCCCUGUGCAGUACAAUCACAAACCGCUGAAUGGCAUGCUCGUCGUUUCCAUCAUGAGAGCAAUGGAACUGCUAGAGAAGAAAGGAGAGUGGGACAGGGCCACAUGGAUAUUGGCCCCAGUCACGGAAGUGCAUGUUCAUGGUCAAAAGCAGUGGGUGCGUGUGAAACCUGGACAUUUCGACACGGAUGACACACACACGUACCAUUGGUACGCGGUGGGUGGACAACACACGGCGGAGGCUUUUCGGAGACUGGUUGUGGCCAAUUCACCGGCUGCGCAAAAGUGGGGUGUGCGUUCAUGGCGUGCACGGGUUGUGUAUUUCGAUGAUAACCAUCUCGAUGGAUAUGCUCAUAUUUCGACUUUUGAUAACACAAGGAAGACACGAGCUAUCCCGGAUUCCUUCCGUGUGUCGGUGAAAAAUAUCAGAGACAUGUGGGUUGACAUGGGGAUGCCUUCUCGCGAUUGGCAACACAUACCGCCGGAAGCAGAUAAGGAGGCCUUGAGAGAUAACUAUCAGAAAUUCAUCCGCAAAGCUGUCCAGCUGACUGCUGACUCCGAACUGCGAGGGAAAACACUGAAGCCAACCUACAACACGAAUUGGUCAAAUUUAGUGAGAUCGCAUCUUACAUUGGCAACCGUUGGUAAAAGAGUGUGGGACCUUCUAACCCGAUUCUUUGACUCGUGGGAGGCGGGACUCUUGCCUGAUAAGACUAGCUUGGCUCCGGUGGAUCAGCAAGGGAAACAAGUCGCCAUAGCUGAUCCAGGUCCAUGCGCGUUGACAGUGGAAGGCAAGAAGGAGCUAGUGCACUACGUCCAGUCCAACAAAUCGCCUGACGGGCACUACGUCUGCAUUCGAGACGCUCCGCAAAGCGCGUGGAAGGUGUUCGGAGACUUGACUGCAAGGGAGAAGGAAAUGGUGUUAGACAUGAUAUUGGACCGCCCGGUGGUUGUCACAACGGGGCGGACGUUCAGCAAGAACUUGUUGAACAUGGACGACAUUCGGGUUGAAGUUCAGCGUGAGAGAUACAUGAUACGCCUCUUCAACUAUGUGAUUUUUAAAAUGGGAGAUCGCAAGGAGGACGAGUGAAACGAUGAGUUCUUCAUUGACUGCUUGCAUAUAAUGGACAGAUUUGCCCCGACGGGACUCACCAAGGAACAAUGGGAGGAAAACAAGACGAAGGUGCAAGGUCACAAGGCGAAAGAUGUGCCAAAACGUC